AGGGCGGGAGAGAGAGAGCGAGAGACGGGCGGACCGGACCGGACCGUGAGGCUGGUGACCGAGAGCGGCGGCGGGAGAUCUCCAGCAGCCUCUCCAGGCCCGCUCCCCAGGGGAUGGAUCGCUGAGCGCAGGGCUGUGAAGAGGGAGGGCAGGGGGUCCCAGCCCCCUCCCCAUGCUGCGGGGCAGCUCCGGGCCCCUUCCCGCCAUGUGACCGCAGACACCCGCACGGCCAACACCUCCCCGAAGAAUGAGCACAUGUCGAUGGUGUACACCAAGUGGUUCUGACACCACUGAGUUCCUGAAAAGCUAUGCUGUUAAAGAGUUGUCCUUGGAAGAUCUUAAGGGAUCCAAUGAAGAUCUCUGUUACUGCCUGGAGUGUGUGGUUGAAUACCACAAAGCACGGGAAGAGCUGCCAAAGUUGCAUGAGAUCUUGUGGGAGUUGGAAACCUCCCGUCUUGUUGCCCACAUUGAGAAAUCCAUCCAAGAAGACUCUGGAGAAGAUGAUGAGUUGUUUAUAGUGAAUGAGAAUGGAGAGACACAGCUGUCUGAUGAUGUGGGGCCAGAUUUUGAGAAUAACCUGAGAGUGCCUCUUCUAGAGAUACUGAAAUAUCCAUAUCUGCUGCUGCACAAGAAAGUCAGUGAACUGUGUGUAGAAGUGCUCUGUAGAAUGGAGCAAAAUCACAGUUCCUUUCAGGUCUUUGAGAAAUAUCCAGGAAUUUAUCUCUUUUUGGUACACCCAAAUGAAGUGAUUCGCCGAUGGGCCAUCCUAACAGCAAGGAAUUUAGGGAAGGUUGAUAGGGAUGAUUACUAUGACUUGCAGGAAGUGCUGACUUGCUUGUUCAAAGUUAUUGAGUUGGGGCUUUUUGAGAGUCCAGAUAUUUACAACUCUUCAAUGUUUGAAAAGGGUAAACUCAUCCUUCUGCCAUCUCAUUUAUAUGACACUACAAACUACAAGAACUAUUGGCUAGGGAUUUGUAUGCUGCUAACAGUGCUGGAGGAACAAGCUAUGGACUCCUUGUUACUGGGACCAGAGAAACAAAAUGAUUUCAUGCAGUCUAUACUUCACACCAUGGAAAAAGAAGCAGCUGAUGAUUCCACUGACCCCUUCUGGCCAGCACUGCAUUGCUUCAUGGUUAUUUUGGAUCAGCUCGGAUCUAAAGUCUGGGGUCAGCUGAUUGAUCCUGUCCAAGCCUUUCAAACCAUUAUCAACAGUGUGAGCUACAACAAUGAAAUAAAAAAUAUACGCAGUAGCUUUAAGAGGACAAAAUCUGAACCAGAGUCGGAUUACAACAAUGACAUGAUUACUUGCAGUCAGAUUGUAUAUAAUUAUAACACAGAAAAGCUUCAGAAGGAUACUGGCUGGAAGACUGCCAUUUGUCCAGACUACUGCCCCAACAUGUAUGAAGAUAUGCAAACACUGGCUAACGUGCUUCAGUCUGAUAUUGGCAGAGAUAUGCGUGUCCAUAACAGCACAUUUCUGUGGUUCAUCCCUUUUGUUCAGUCUCUUAUGGAUCUGAAGGACUUGGGUGUAGCUUAUAUCGUGGAGGUUAUUCACUACCUCUACUCAGAAAUCAAAGAUGUACUCAAUGAAAGAAUCCAGCAAUGUGACAAAAUCUCUGAAUUUUUUCUUCUGAUCUUGGUGUCAAUCAUUGAACUCCACAGAAACAAGAAGUGUCUGCAUUUGCUGUGGAUUAGCUCUCAAGAAUGGGUGGAAGUGGUGGUGAGAUGUGCUAAGCUGCCAGCUAUAGCAUUCACCCGGUGCACUGAAAAAUCCCCUGGGCACUCCACGAGGGGUUCCUCAGGAGGAUCUUCACAAGCUUCUAACUCUGUGCAGCAUGCCUGUGUGCAGCUGAUACGCAGCCUUCUGAAAGAGGGCUGUCAGCUGGGGCAGCAGACUCUUUGCAAGCAAUACCUGAACAAACUCAAUCUUCUUCUGCGAGGAAACUUAUCUUUAGGUUGGCAGCUGAACAUCCAGGAAACCCAGGAAUUGCAGCUGUGUUUAAAGCAAGUCAUAAGAUAUAUAAAGGACAGAGCAUUGAAUACCUCUGUGGCCAUGGGGAACAAUGCAAGCUCUGCAGCUUUGCCCAACAUCUCAAAGCAGGAGAAGAGUGGAUGUGGUGAUGUACAUGGCAGAAAUGACUUGUGUUCAUCACUUGCUGUCACACCAAAGGAAGGCAGAGAUAAAGACUGUCCAGAGAACCCCUUCUCUAGAAGCAAGUGUGCCUGGGAAGAGGGAUGUAGAGAUGCAUCUAAAAGUUCAACAUCUUGGAUGUCCACAGAAGGCAUUUUGAUGAAUAUUAAAAAGGAACAUAAUGAAUUGGCAACUCAGGAAUAUGUCUGCCCGCAGAACUCUUUGGCAACAAAAGUAUGUGGGAAAGCUCAGGAACAUAGGAACAGUGAUCUUGUGUCAGGGAAAUGCAAUACAGAUAAUCAGUGCUUAAACCCAAGUGCACAGCUGUCAGAUUUGAGAAGAGGCAGGGAGCUGGGGAACAAAUGUGAAGCAGGACCCAUAAGCAAUGUGUCUUCCAGUUCCUCUUCAAAGUUUAAAGUAGAUGCACAUGGACUUAUGAAUUUGAAAAAACUGGUCCAGAAAGCAGGAUUAGCAUCAAAAAUAUCACAGUCAACAAAUCCAUCUGACUUUAAAAGCUGCUCUGCCUCCUGUAAAAAUGAACCUGGUGUACAGAAAGAUGAAGAUGCUGCUUCAGAGGUUACUGACACCAUACUGAAAAUAGAAUCCACUGAAAUAAAAUCAAGUCCGUUGUUGAAGUCUGUAUUUAAGAAAGACCCUGACAUGGAAAUUUCAGACCAGGAACAGCCUAAUUUAAGCACCUCUUUUAAAAAACAUUACUCUAAAGGUCAAAUUUCAAAGACACUCUGUGUGGAGAAAACUUCAGCAAAUUAUCUUUGCCCAUCUACCUCUGAAAGAAAGAGGGGUGUAUCCAACCCUACUUCUCAGAUCAGGCCACUGUCAGUGAAGAGUGAAUCAAGUGACAGUUUGUUAAAAUUUUCAGAAUAUUUCAAGAGAGAAAACAAUGUGGGGAAGAAAGAGGAGAAUUUUGUGAAAACAGUGGCUGAAGAUAAUCCUCUAACAGACUCCCAGGUUGAUAGAGACCUCAGUAAAUUAUCUUUAGCUGCAUAUGCCAAAGGUGUCAAUUUUCCCUUUGAUUCCAGCCAAGAGGCCUCAGUACAGCACAGCAUAGGUGAUAUUAAAAGGAAAGUGAAAGGUGCUGUAAGAUCUUCCAGUGAUGGCCAAAGGACUAAAUCCUCCUGUGAUGACCAUAAUAAUCAAAUAAUAGUAAUUUCAGACUCUUCUGAUGAAGACAAUGUUGUGGUUUACAAAGAGGAAGCAGAAAAGAUGAAUGAAAAUGUGCAUCCUGAAAAGCAGCCUUUAACUUCCAGUGGCUUUUCUGAAUCAAAGACACCAAACUCUCCCUUCUCACUUGAAGACUGUGAUUCUCAGUACUUUGAAUUUGAAACAGAGGGUGAUGUCUUUUCAGUUUGGCAAGAUACUCAAGACUAUACUACAGAAGCAACUCAGGAGUAUAAACAAGGUCAUGUUUCACCAAUGGUUGAUGGUAAUAAUUCAGAUGGCUUAUUGGGUGAUCACACAAAUGAAUGGGGUUAUGAUGUGGAUUAUGUAAGUGAUGAUGUCAUGGAAGAAGCAGCAAACUUGGUAGAAAAGCAGAUAGACAAUACUUCUAGUCUGAAAGAAGCUGAUAACACAAAGGGAGCAGCAGAGUCAGUGUUGCAAGAAUCUGUUAGUAAGGGAAAUGCAAGAGAUCAACUGGAGUACUGUGCAGACAAAGGUCCUGUUACUGAAGACUUUCCCCUGGACUCCAAAUCAACUGAACCCAGAGCAUCUACAUCUAGCAUGUCAUUAGCUUCAAAGCUGGCCCUUAAGAAAAACAUCAUGAGCCCACGGAAGAAUGCAGCAAAAUCCAAAGUAGCAAGAACUAUUCAAAGAAGUCCUAAAAGACCUGUUCUUAAAGCAGCACAGAAUAAAAAGCACCUGCUCCUUCAAAAUUCCCAACCUGGCAGGUCAGUGCCUGCUGUGGUUCCUCCAAGGAAGGUUCGGCAGUGCCCUGCACCAGAAUCAACUGCAGAAAAGUUGGGUCUGAAGAAGGGACCUCGCAAAGCUUUCGAGUUGUCCCAGCGCUCCCUGGAGAGCGUGGCGCAGCUGCGCAGCCACGGGAGAGCUGCGGGGAGAGUGGCAGUGGCACAGAAACGGAAGAGUAAACUGAUUGCUCCUCAGAAUUUGUCUGUAAAAUAUAAUAAAAAAUUGCUAGCCUGCCAGGACCGGCUCCAUUACAGGCAGACGAGGCCCCAGAAAGGUGGGAAAAAUCCUGCAGGAGGUUCUGAGAGCAGAGGCAGGAAAGUUAGAAAGGGGGAUGCAAAUUCAGGGAUUUCUGCUGAAAAUCAAAGACAGAAGAAAAGGGAGGAGACUGUUUUUGCCUUUGCCACUGAGAGAAAAUUUGAAAGCCUCCCUGUGGAGGAGGAGAAACGUUUCUCUAAAAUGCCUGUUUCUUCAGACUCAAACAGAAAAUCAGAGGAUAAUGGUGUGAUGGUUUCCCAUGUACCUGUGGAUUCAAGUCUCUCUGCUGCUGCUCUUGUUCAAGAUGAUAAAGAUGAACCUUCUGGAAAAGGUUGCAAUGUCCAGCCUGAGUGCAGGAAAACAGCUUCAAAAGAAAAUGGAUAUAAACCAAAUGAAAACAGUGAUGAGGAUGAUGAUAAUCUGUUUUUAACGCAGUCAGAUCCUGUGGAUAUGGAUAUAUGUUCUGAGGAAGAAAGUAUUGUAGAUACUGCUAUAACUAGUAAAAAACCUGAGGAGAUGGGUGCUGCUGAAAGCCUUCAGCAGAGGGAAUCCUCUACUGUUAUGUUAUGUAAGCACAAAGACUGUAUGGAAAAAGUGGAAAAAACAAGGGAGUACUGUAGUAAACAUUCAGAUAACUUGUUUGCCAAGCCCUCUCUCCUGCCACCUUCUAAAACAAGAAAGCCUUCCACCACCAAAAUUUUCAGCUCAGCAAGUUCUUCACGGAACGCAGCCUUCAGCAAGGAUUUAGAGGAUGUUAAAAAGCCACCACCAGCUUCAAGAAACAAAGAGAAUACAGCAAAGCCAGCAAGUGCAAAGGCUGUGCCAGCAGGAAAUCAGACAUCCAAGCCCCCAAGUUCCUCGAAUGUACCUCAGCUCUGGAGUUGUAACACUGUGCUCCAGUCCCUGAACAGGCAGAGUGACAACACCACAAACAUUGCCCGGAGGGCUGCCCAGCAACCUCCUCCCUUCCUUGACUCCAAGCAGAGGGACCACACUAUUUUUGUUAAUGAAGUCCUCAAGUGGACUUACCAAAUGUUUGCCAAGUCCAAUGAGCUUGGACCUCCAAGUGACCUCCUGCAGUCUGUAGUAGGCUCUGUUCCAGUCCAGUUUCAGGGGGAGAAACACUACUUUGAUACAUUAUUCCCCUUGAUGAUGCUAAAUGCCUUUGAAACACUGGCAAAAGAAUGGAUAGAAAACCAGAGAGUAAGAGAGAAGAGUUACUACUUCAACUUAGAGAACUUCUCUUCUGACUUGAAUACAGCAAAUUUUACAGCCAAUUUUACAGCUCAUUUUAAAGAAAGUGAUUUGGCAAAGCAACUUCACCCAAAGGAGGAUGACUUAAUCUUUUUGGUGGUCCAAAAGAAAAAAGAUUCCUUCAGGGAGGAAAGUGAGAUGGAGCCCCAGCCAGAGCGUCACGUUGGGCUUGUGAAACGAUUCACUCGUGCGUCUGGGUGUGCAGCUAGACAAAAUGAGCAGCAUACUGUCUGCCAUCUUUCUGUGCAAACUCGAGGCAAUUUGUCUUUCUGCAUGAAUAAGCAAGUGAAGUGUGUGGUGGUUGGCUCCCUGGUGACCACACGCCGAACAUUCAAAGCUCUGCUCCUGCUGCACAAGAGUUGCCUGAUCAGACCCAUCCUAAAUCCAAGUUAUGACUACUUCUGUCCCAGAAGUUUACCUGCAGCUUCAGAAAGUGCUGCAUUUGCUAUGAAUGGAUACAAUGAAGGUCAGAAGAGGGCCAUUGACACAGCUUAUGCCAUGGUAAAGGAACACCCAGAGCUUCCCAAGAUCUGCCUCAUCCAUGGACCACCUGGAACAGGGAAAUCAAAAACUAUUGUUGGACUUCUGUCUCGUGUUCUGGGAGAAAACACUAGAAAUGAGAAAGCAACACAAAAACCAAAUUUCAAGACCAAGCCAAACCGUUUUCUAGUUUGUGCACCAUCAAAUGCUGCUGUUGAUGAACUAAUGAAAAAGAUCAUCGUUUCAUUUAAGGGAAAAUGCCAAAACAGACAGGAGCCUUUGGGAAAUUGUGGUGAUAUCAAAUUAGUGCGACUUGGUGCUGAAAAAACUAUCAACAGUGAAGUCCGGGGAUUUGGCCUGGAUAAGCAAGUUGAACAUAGAAUGAAAAGAAAGCCAACUGACUGUGAUCAGGAUAUGCAGAAGAAAAAAGCAGCCCUGGAUCAGCAGCUGGACCUGCUGUCUCGUCAGCGUGCCAUGCACAGAUGUCAGAAGAGGGAGGUGAGUCAAAUGUUAGAUGAUGAAAUUGCCAGAAUUUCCAAGGAGAGACAACAGCUCGCGUCUCAGCUGAAGGAGGUUCGGGGGCGUGCUCAGAAGGUACAGGAUGACAUCAUCUUGGAGUCUGACAUCAUCUGCUGCACACUGAGCACCAGUGGAGGGGGGCUGCUGGAAUCAGCUUUCGGGCGGCAAGGCCGGCAAAGAUUUGGUCCCUUCUGCUGUGUCAUUGUGGAUGAGGCAGGGCAGUCCUGUGAAGUUGAAACACUGAUUCCACUGAUCCAUCGCUGUAGCAAACUUGUCCUUGUUGGAGAUCACAAACAGCUUCCUCCUACUGUAAAAUCACUAAAAGCUCAGGAAUAUGGCUAUGAUCAGUCCCUGAUGGCCAGGCUGCACAGGCACCUGGAGGAGCAAGUGAGGAAGAGUCUUCUCCGCAGCCUGCCCGUCGUGCAGCUGACUGUGCAGUACAGGAUGCACCCUGACAUCUGCCUCUUCCCAUCCAAUUAUGUUUAUGGCAGGGCUCUCAAGACUGACAAAGCAACAGAAGAGAACAGAUGUUCUUCAGACUGGCCAUUCCAGCCCUAUCUUAUUUUUGAUGUAGGAGAUGGUCAGGAGGAGCGAGACCAUGACUCUUUUAGUAAUCCUCAGGAAGUGAAGCUGGUGAUGGAAUUAAUUAGAACAAUUAAAGAAAAAAGGAAGGAUCUGGGACUGCGUCGUAUUGGAAUUAUCACCCCUUACAGUGCACAGAAAAAGAAAAUUCAAGAACAAAUGGACAAAUUGUUUAAGAAUAACAGCAGCCCAGGGGAAGUGGACACAGUGGAUGCCUUCCAGGGCAGGGAGAAGGACUGCAUCAUAGUGACCUGUGUCCGGGCAAACAGCACCCGGGGCUCUAUUGGGUUUCUGGCAAGUCUCCAGCGUCUGAAUGUUACAAUUACCCGAGCCAGAUUCAGCCUCUUCAUCCUUGGAAAGCUGAAAACACUCAUGGAAAACAAAGACUGGAAUGCAUUGAUUCAGGAUGCUCAGAAAAGAGGUGCCAUUAUCAGAACAUCAGAGAAAAGCUACAGAAAUGAUGCUUUUAAGAUUUUGAAGCUCAAGCCAACAGUGCAGCCUCCAACCAAAGCAGGGCCAAAGCCACGUCCCGUUCUGCAGGGUUCUUCCAGUAGCAAGAGGGUUGAGCUUGCAAAUCCAAGCUUGGCCAGCAGCCCCCGGGAUGUGGCUGCAGGCCCUGGCCAGGCAGUGCCCCAGGGGAGCAGAGGGACCCCCCAGGCACAGGGGGCUCAGGCUGUGGACUCCAGGAGGGGCAGUGCCCCCACACCCGGGGGGGUUACAGCACUUCCCACCCAAGAGAAACUCCGUGACCCGAGGCUGGCCAGCAGGACUGACCCAAAAGGGAAGGAGCAGGUGUCAAAAGAUGGUGAGCAGUCGGCCCAGAGCAAUCCAGGAUCUGCAUCCCAGAGGGGCCUCGCUGGGGCCUCAGCUGCCAGGGAUCAGAGUUCUGGAACAGAAACUUUCAAGAAGCCCCAGCAGGCGAUGGGACAAUGCGAGGUGCCUUCCACAUCACCUCAAGCAGCUUGGCCCGAGGGUGACUGUAGAGCUCCUGUGCUGGAAAGCAGCCAAAAACCCCUCAGUGAAGGAGGUCAAAGUACCAGCAGUGUGUGGAACAAAGACUCUCGUGUUCUACCAAAGAGAACAUCAGAUGAAUCUCCAGAGAACACAGAAUCAACCGGGUUCAAGAGAAGGAAGACCUGACUUUGGCAUUACCUCGAUACCAAAAAUCUGUUCCCAGUUUUCUGUCUGCUAGGGAUUGUAUUUUAAAUUAUUUAGGAUGCCUGGAACUCCCUUGUAUUGAUACUACCACUAUCAGUAGAUCCAUCUUUUUCCCAUCCUGUCCCUAAUUGUGAAGGGAACUUCAUACCUGAGAGUUGGUAGCUUUGAAAAGGAAAAGCUGGGUAACUGCAUUGCUUGGAAGAGCAGUGAAUUUUGUAAUCUAGGAAGUUUAAGGUUGUAAAUGUUUAACAUUGUAUAUUUGUACAGCAUACAUAAUUAUUUUAAGAUUUAAUUUGGCAAAUAUAUAGCUUCUUGUUUCCUUCUGCAAAUGCUCAUUUCUUAGGCAUGUAAUUUUUUAAUGACCCACGGCAAAGCAAAAACCAAACAACCUCAAACCCCAAACAAGAAACAAAAACCUCCCAGAAGUCCAGAAACUUUUUGCCUUUGCACUAGUAAGUCUUAAUUUAUUUGAUAGGAAAGAGUGAUUGUUGAAAAUGAGGUAGCAGUGACUUUCCCUCACGCUCCACUUGUGCCUCAGGAAAGACUGAAGGCAGAUACACAUUUGUUGAAUGGAGAGAGUUCUACUUAAUUUGCAUAUUUUACUCCCUGUUUUUAUAGGAACAGAAGAACUUUUGUUUAUACAAAUGUGCCUUGAGUUUAGCUCUAGCUGCUGCUUUAUCAGAUGGAAUCCUUUUCUUGUUGCAGUGGCAACACAAACUGCAGAUUAAAGCCUAUGAGGUCUGUUUGGUCCCAGUGAGUCCAUGUGAGGAGUGAUCAAUAGCAAUGGAAUCUUCAUCAAAGAUCUAGUUAACACUUAUUGAUAAUGACACCUGAAUUUCUUUGUCUAGAGCUUUUGGAGCCCUCCAGUGAUAAAAAGGGCAAGUAGUUCAUUCUAGGUGUUAUUACAGGAAAUGUUGAUGAAAAAUAUAUAACCACUUAACAUGGGGUGGGGGGAAAAACAGUUUUUAAGAAAGCCUUUCUCUGAUGGGAGCAUUUCACAAUGAAAGUGAAGUUAUUUCUCCUAAGACCCCAAGGGUCUCUCUGCAGUAUCACUUCCUUUUUCUGGAGUGUGUGUCUGUCUCAAGGAGGUGAAGAGCAACAUUUCCUGGGCAGAGUUUUGCAUGGAGAGAAGUCUGGCAUGGUUCUGCCUGAGGGUGCAGC